AGAGGGCGAGGUUUCCGCGUAUCCCACUUCGUAGAUCACGGUCCUAAAACGCUUACGUGCACAUAGAUAGAGGUGUGUGUCGGUGUGUAGCAGAACGGAGAGGAAAGCAAGGCGGUAGGCAUACACACUAAUAGAUAGACUGUCGCGGUUUGUUUCUUCACAACAGCGUUUCAAUGGUCAACGGAGUCCGUUAAGAGCGCAACCUCCUCCUUUUCUUCAUUCAAGUGGCGCCGUAGCCUCUGCGUUUUUUUCUUUUCUCCAUGCAUCACCAAUGCCGGUCUUCGCAGCAUCCUUUCGCUUCAUCGACUGCGGUGCGUGCCGGAGCACCGCAGCUGUGCGGCGCAUCCUCUGUGCAAAGGCCGACGUGUCCCCAACGUGAGCGGGCUCCCCACCCCUACAACAUCGACAGGGCGGCACAGCCGCAGCCGACCACAGGCGCGUGUGCGGCGGAGACGCGUGACCCCUUCGAGCGAGCGCACCCGUCGCGGACACGCCAACGACGACGCUCCUCCAGCCGACAUCGACAUCGAAAUCGGCGUGCGGCGCCGCACUGUGCAAACGAUGACGCCAAAGACCGCAAUGACAGCACUGACAUGCAACCCUCUCCGAACGAGCCACAAGCGAGUAGAACCCACAGCGGGGGCGCCUCCACCGCGGAGACCCGGCCUCCUCUUGCGCAUCCGCCAUGCGGUUCCUCUCCAAUCCUCGUGGAAGCGUCGCCGCAAGCUCGACACGGAGCCCCGCAGUGGCCAGCCUGGCCGGUGGGAGAAGGCUAUUCCUCCUCGCAUCUGCGCUUUGUAUCCCGUCCCUCGCGGUCCAACAUAGAACGUCUCUUCCGACAGUUGGAGGCAGAGGCCGCCCAGGUAUUUCUCACAGAUCCUGCGGGUUCUCCACCUGCGAGGGCACCUGCUAGCGGAGAAGGCGACAAGCGCCGUGGCGCUUUGCACACGAGCCGCAGUGAAGGAUGCGGCAACACCACGGCGUUGUACCAGGCGCUGUUUCUUCACGCGCUGGGGGACAGCGCCGCAUGGGAGCGUCGCGCACGCACACUCGAGGCAGCCGCGCAGGCCCACGCGAAGCGAGAGGCGCACCUCGCCCAACAGCUGCACCGCGCUCGACAGGAGUUAGCACUGUUGGCCGCCUACAUGGGGGAAUCGGAGCGAGUGGCGGCCGUCGCGCGGCGUGAAGGCGGCACUGCUCCGGUGUUGCCGCCCCGGCACCCGAUGCAUACGCACACCUCCGCAGCCGAAGCGCUGUCGAACAGCGGCGCAAGAGGGGGUGCUUCUGCAGAGCAGAAUGGAAACGGUGUGCCGGUGACGGAGUCGCCUCAGCCGCGACGGCUGCCCUCGCGGUCCGCCGUGAGCGAUCUGCUUCGUGGCUCCCUCGGGCGUUCAUUGGAGCUGGCGUACGGCAGCAGCAUCAGCAGCGCCGACAGGGAGGGUGUGAAUGCGAACGCGCCGCCGCAUGGCAUUGACGCGUACUUCUGUGGAUUGACACCUACGGCGGAGGGUGUGGUGGACGGAUCUUUUCUGGUUGCAACUGAUCUAGAGGAUGCUGAAAGCGAAGCAUCAGCGGAGGAUCGUAACUCCGCUCACCCCUCACACGCUGCUGUGGCUGCCUUGCCGACGCCAUCGCCGAUGCCGCCGCACGCAGCCCGUCCGAAGCCGCGUGGUACGCCACAGCAACUGCGGUCGUGCUGUCCAACGUGUCCGCCCAAUCAAAGCCGCUCGAUUUCUUCCUGCUCGUCUUCUCUCCUGGAGGACAUCGCAAUGAACGUUUACCCUUUAAUCUCAUCCGCUGUCGCCGUGUCAGAGGUGGGACAACGAGCGCACACCACCACUACCACCACCGCAACGCAAGCCAUCGUGCCGGAUACGGUAGCGUCGAGGACGUCAGCGGUGAAGCCGCAAGCCCAGGCCGCCAACGCUCCCGCCUCGCCUUUUAUCCCUGCUCCUUCAGAAGACUCCCCUUCCGCUGCCGCGCUGCCCGCGAAUAAAGUGAAGCCGUUCGCCACUGACGCGGAACCCCGACGGGCACCACCGUACUCUCCGGCGUCUUCACCGCAACGCGGACCCGCAGCGGCAGCCCAACAUCUUUUGGCGCUCAUGCGCAGUCGGGACGCGUCCCUUUCCGCUGAGCGGCAACCGUCCCCCAACACAAAGCACGACGAAGUCUCUGUCAUAGGAUCGUGUGUUGCGGACACGGCGGCAGUCUCAUCCAACACCGACCAACUCGUACCGUCGAGCGCCCUCACACCAACAGAAAGGCUACCGCACCGACCACGUAUGUCGACGCACCCCCCGAUCGCAUCGCACUCGCACAGCGUGGACUACGAGGUGACGGUAAAUGACGGGCUUCCGCAACCCACAGCACGACGGAGUGCGUCGUCCGUUGAGAGUGCGGCCGCCGCGUCCACGUCGUCUUCCGCAGCGCUGCGGACAACCCCGACGGCGUCUUCCAUCACGCCGCAUACAUGUGAGCAGGGCGUGUACACCUCGACGCGCGCGCCGAUAGUCGCGGCGGAACUGCUGCGCGACCUCAACACCAAUGCCUCCUCCUCCUCCUUUCCAUCACCUACACUUGCCCGAACGUCUAGUGCGGAGAGAGGGAAGGCGUGGCCAGAGGUAGGCGAGAGGAGCACCGGCGGUCAGCACGAUGAAGGGAGCUCGUCGACGAGCGAGGAGUGGGAGUCGGUGGACGCGUCAAGUGCGACGGAGAACACCGACGAUGGAGGCCAACAGCGGUUGGUGUGA